AAAAAUCACGGGGCCUUUUUGGAUUGUAAAUAAAUAACUAAGAAUUAUGUCUUAUCCUAUUGAUUUAUCAAUAACUGGAAAGCCUUCACCUCGCACUGAACAUCCAGGUAGUGGUGGAAGAAAAAGAACACCCUUAAAUGAAAAUAAAUCUCGAAAUCAAAAAUCAAGUAUUUUUGGAGAGGAAUGUAACAAUAGAGCUCCAGAUCACAGAAAAUUAAAAUCCGACAACAAAAAAGGUACCUCUGAGGUUGGAGUAAUAACUAAAUCUGAGCUAGAAACAAUAAAACAUUUAACAUCUCGUGGAAACAGUGACGGUGUUGAGAUAGGUCAGGUGAAGAUAAGCUCUUCAAGGAAAACAGCACCAAAAGGUGUACCUCAGCUCUCAUUGGAUGAUGUUGUAGGGAAAGAAGAUGAUUUGCGCUUUUCAAAACUUCCACAAAAAACACCUCAGUUAGAUUCACCAACAUCAAAUGACACAUACAGUUGGGGAACUCCAUUGAACAAUGUGCAGGGUGUAAAAGGUGGAGGAUGGCAGGUAAAUCAAUCGAGAAAAGGGAAAAAACCAGUAUCAUCGCAAAGAAAGCAUGAAGAUGUACCCGAUUUAGAAUUAAAUUUAUCACAAACAAACGAAGGACUUGCCCAGUUGAGAAAAGCAGCAAAGAAGGCAAGUGAGGACAUCCAGUUUGAGUAUCUUGGAGCAGAUAAAAAGAAAUUAGAAGCGCUAAAGAAACUAGGCCAUGGUAGAAAACUUCAAUUUGUCGACCAAACUGUUUUGCUUGAUCAGUUGGAUAAUGUUCAUGUAACCGAAGAAAAGCCUGCUUCACCCAAACCACAAUUUGGAGUUCACGACAGAUUCGACUCUAGAACGAAGCGACAUAGAGAUCUCCACAGCACUAGCACUACACAUUUUGGUAAUUCUGAAGUCGAUCUAUCGAAAAGGUUGCAGUUUGGAGCCCGUGUAUUGUCACUGAAUGGGCACGAUGCUAGACGGGAAAUUAAUGGUUUUUAUUUUUUAAAUGAUAAAACGAUAACUAUGUAUGAAUUUCGACAGUUUGGAACAAGAUCAAAUGCUUUACCCUUCAUUCAACGGGGCAAUUACGUUCAUUUGCAUGGACCUAGAAAGGGCAAAGCUUACAGCAUUUUGGAUAUUUCUGUUGGAAAAGAUUUAGCGUUUGUCACAGAGCACCAAUCAAGUCUUCCUGAUACUUUAAAGACAAAACAGACUGCAUCAUUUCGUAUUACUGAAGUUGAUGAAGAGAAUAAAAAUAAGCUGUUAUACGAUGGAUGUAAAACAUUGAAAGACAGAGCUCUUGUAGAUGAUAUGAUACGAACGUAUAAACAGGAAGAAAUGAGUGAAACUAUCACGUUGUUGACAAAUAUACAAGAUAAUAUUCGAAAAUUGUUGAAAUCACGUGGUGCGAAAACAAUGACGAGUCUACAUAACCAUUUCAAAAAGAUUGAUCGUUCUGGAGAUGGCUUGUUAAGUAAAGAAGAACUACAAGCAGCUUUAAAGCAAUUUCGCAUUAAUAUUCAAAACCAGGAUUUUGAAAAGGUUUGGGAUAUUGUUGACCGAAACAAAGAUGGUGUCCUCGACUACGGUGAAUUCGUUCGCGGUUUUUUCGGAGAGAUGACAGAAGUGAGAAAGAGAUGGGUUCAAAAAGCGUUCACGCGACUCGAUCCAAAUAAAUCAGGCAGUGCUCAAAUCGAUGAUUUGAGGAAGUUUUUUUGCGCAUCAAGACAUCCAGACGUUGUAAAAGGUCAGAAAAAAGGUUCAGAAGUGGUCGAGGAAAUAGUUGACAUUUUUAAGUCGACGAGAAAUAAGCGAGAAUUUCCUUAUUCGGAAUUUGAGGCGUAUUAUGAAGGUGUUAGUAUGGGCGUUGCAUUAGACGAUGAAUUUGUUAAUCUUGUCCGGUCAAGUUGGACGGUGUAGAGUAAUGGCUGCUGCUGGUCAGCGUUUUAAUAUUGUAUAUUUUGUUUAUAAAAUAAUCACCUACCGUAAAAAAAAUUUUUGUAAAUGUUAAAAAAUCCCUAUCAACAAGUACACCUCCAAUCCCUUGCUCCAGGCUCUUAAAAAAAGGGGUAAAAAAACUAAGUUUGCAACCUGCACGUAUGUCAUUACUGUUUUGAUACAGAUUUUUCUUUUCUCGUUCUCCUGGAUGUGGAAGCAAGCAAAGAUAACGGAAUUUUUGCACUUACAACUUUAUAAGAUAAAUCGACAGGAAUUCGCCCGUCGCAACUACAAAAAGUGAAUGAUACAAAUAUAUCAUUUGCUUUUUCGUGUAUCCGUACUACGGGUUCUUUUUCUCGCGCACUUCUGUACGGGUAUUAAUAGUAAGGAUACAUAGUACGAGUUUGGUUUAAAUAUUUUUAUAAGAUAUAAAUCUGUAUAUCACAUGAGAGUCCAAACAUAGCGCUUCUUACCGCUCACAGAAAUUUGAUUUGAAAUAAUUUUUGUGUAAGUGGUUACGUUAUUACUAUUGACACUCUUAAAAAUCAAUACUUAAGAAAUUCGAAGAAGGAAUAUACAGUCUGUUAUAAAAUUGUUAUGUUACUUUUAUAUAACUAUAAAGAAAUGACGAAAUUGAUGUGCUUUUAAAACAGCCAUAAAACUAAUAGUUCAUGCCAUCAUAGACUAUAACGACUGAACGGGAGGUAUAAAAAUUUAAAUGGCUAUACAAAUUUUAUUUAGCUGUUAAAAUUUCAUUAUUGAGAAUAGAAAUACAUAACUUUUAAUCGAACAAUAAAAUGUCGAAUAAAGCUACAAAAUAUUUACGUGAAUGAUCAAAAUUCUGAUGGAUUAUGUAGUUUAUGACAUUUUUUCCCGGUAAGUAUGCUUUGUUAUUUUAGUGCGAUUUCAAGACUGUACUGAAUUUUCAAUAGCAGUUACCAAAGUAGUACCUAAACUACUAAUUUUGUUGACCUCAUUUGUAUCAAUCUUUGCACGUGUUAUUUUUUACGCAUCAAAUCUUUUAUGCAUUUUAACACGAGCGCCAUAUUUUUAAAUAAAUAAAAUUAAAAAGUUUCCUUCACAAAAAAAAUUUGAACGCCUAAUUUAUUGCGGAAACAAACAAAUGGCCGUUUUAUACUUUAUCAUCGCGUCAAAACUUAAACUCGCUUAGUUCAAACAAUCUUCCGUUGCAGUGCGCAGGUUUUGCAACGAAAUAUUUCAUAUAUCAAUAAAUUAAUAAGUUCCUCAAAAUUGCACAAAAGUAAGAAAUGCCUAAAAAUAUAUAUUUAUUUUUGACCUUUGUAAAUUUAAAAAAAACUCAGGGCCUAUGCUUAAAAAUCUGUGAGUUAGGCUGAAGUUUAGAAAAAAAAAUUAAAUUAUUUUUUGCAACUUUGAACACUUCGCUACAAAAACAUUUUACUUCUCAGAUGGAGUUUAUUUAUCGGAGGGUAUUUAUUAUAGUAUAGUAUAUGUUAAACUAUCUACCUACAGAACAGGAAUAAAGAUUAAAACCUUUUAAGAAAAAAAGCAUGAUUAUAAAUUUUGUAAAAUAUAAAACAACGCGAACACGCACUGUGAAACCAAUAUUUCAAUCAGGCUCAAAUCACGCACUCGAUCACAGACAUUCAAUUUUAAAAUCACUGAUUUUUAAUCCGCCAAAGCUUAUCUGACGAUUUUUUUAACGUAAAUAGUUCACUUGAAUAAAUUACAUUUUUUCGUUUCCCUAUUUGAUCCACGCGCCUUUGUCUAAUAAGUUCCCUCCUCUAGCAGUUGAAAUUCAUAAUAAAUAACAAGAGUCCAGAGCGCUUUCACAUACGGCACAGAUGGUUUAUCAGGGCUCGUAAAAGAAAAAAAAAAGAAAAUAAUAAUUUAAUAUAUUUAUUUCUCCAGCGAAGAAAUUGUUUCCUAUUUACAAGAAUCACAAUAUAAUUUCUAAUUUCUUUAAUUAUCCCUAGCUAGCAAAAAUUAUGGAACUAUCUAAAAUGCGAACAACUUGAGCUAGUUUUCACUUUCCACUUCCACGAAAAACAGUCGAAUUGAUCGGAGAAAGCCAUCAA